AUGACGGCGAUUCCAAGAGUCAACACAUCAACACUGCGCUCAGCUGCUCGCUAUGCCUCGGCGGCCAGCAGCAGCUGUGGUAGCAGCAGCAACCUUGCUCGCAUUGCACCGUUUGCACGACGCACCAUGAUCACCACAACCACUUCCUCCACAGCGGGACUUCGAUCUCGGUCCCUCGCACCACUCUCCAGUGUCAACCCAUCACCACUCGUACGCAUGCAAAAGCGAUCCAUGUUCAUCCAAACAGAAUCCACACCCAACGAGGAUUCGCUCAAGUUCCUCCCUGGGCGCCAAGUGAUGGACUCGGGAACAUACGAGUUCCUCGACACGCGCUCCUCCAUGGCCUCGCCACUCGCCAAGAAGCUCUUCAACAUCCCCGGCGUCGUCUCCGUCUUCUACGGUCCCGACUUUGUCACCGUCAGCAAAGACUCGGAGCACCAGUGGUCCACGCUCAAACCCGAAAUCUACUCGAGCAUCAUGGAAUUCUUCACCGCAGGACAUCCUCUCUUCACCGACCCAGAAUCCGCCACCGGCUCGCAAGACACCGUCAUUCUGGAUACCGAUUCGGAAGUCGUAGCGAUGAUCAAGGAGUUGCUCGACACACGUGUUCGUCCAGCCAUCCAGGAAGACGGCGGUGACCUGGAGUAUCGUGGUUUCGGUGAAGACACGGACGGCAUCGUCAGAGUCAAGUUGAAGGGCUCGUGCCGUGGAUGCGAUUCUUCCACCGUCACGCUCAAAUCGGGUAUCGAGAGGAUGCUCAAGCACUACAUCCCUGAAGUGCAGGGUGUGGAACAGAUCCUGGAUCCCGAAGAGGAAAUCGCGUUGGACGAGUUUGCAAAGCUGGAGUCGAAGCUGGAGAAGGAUCGCCAGAAGGAGCGCGAUAUGGGAUUCUCGAUUUGA